GACAACGUGUAAUCUUGACUAAAAAUUGAACUGCGUAGUAUACAAAGAAAAUAGCUGGUCUAGCAGCCAAUUAUUUGAUAGGUCGAUAGCGGGGACUGCAAUUUCGUGAUGUUGAUUAAUAGGGAGUACGGCAAAGGUCGCCGAGAUAUUGCCGUGACGUCUGUCGGAGCUGCUGUCUAUGGCGGGAUGGGUUCAAACGGCUCCGUAAUCCGGGCUGGGAUCGAUCUGGCUGGUACAUGGAUCACGUUGCCGUCAGGUGUCUCAGCCCUAGCAUUGGCCCAAGCUGAGGGUAACGGCUAA